ACGUCAAAAAUAUUUUAAUUUCAGGGUAAAUUAGUAUUUGGUCAAGGUUACGGUGCGACUGAGACGUGUGCGCUGGCGUCAACUACGUUCAUUGGUCGGACGGUCCUAGACAAUUCGUCUUGCGGCGAAGUAAUGGCUAACACUGAGAUGAAGUUUGUGGACCCUACGACGGGUGAAGACUUGGCGAUUGGGGAUCAAGGUGAGCUGCUAAUUAGAAGUCCGACGGUGAUGAAAGGCUACUACAAGAAUGAAAAGGCCACGAAGGACUCAAUAACUGAAGAUGGUUUCUUUAGAACUGGAGAUUUAGGAUAUUAUAAACCGAAUGUCGGUCUGUACAUCACAGAUAGGAUCAAGGAACUUAUAAAGGUAAAAGGUAUGCAAGUGGCGCCAGCUGAACUGGAGAGUUUACUUCGGACUCACCCUGCCGUACAAGACGCGGCUGUAAUUGGCGUCCCUCACGAAUACCACGGUGAGGUGCCAAAAGCGUUUAUAAUAAAGAAAUCGGGCCAAGACACGACCCCUGAACAACUCCAAGACUUCGUAGCAAGACAAGUAGCUGCGUUUAAGAAAAUAGAGGAAGUUGUAUUUGUUAAUGAUAUUCCUAAAACUAACACUGGGAAGAUAUUGAGAAAGGAUUUAAAGAAAAUGUACGCUUAGAAUAUAAUGUUUAGUCUAAAAGUUAUCUAAUUAUAAAUGAAACUUGUGUGUACUUAUGUACACGCGUUAGAAGUUAUACUUCUUUGGUGUAACAAGAUAAAAAUCUUUUCAAAAAUUUUAUUCUACGUUUGCAGAAAAACUACACUAAU